ACUUAGCGCAACCCGAUUCUCCUCUUCGCCCUUCAUUUCCUUUCCCCCCUUCUCUCUCUAAACAAACAAACAAAUAAAUAAAUUCUCUAUCUAAUAAUCUCUUGGAACAUUUCAUCGAUAUAACGCCGGGAAAUCACCGGAAAAUAUUUAACAUAGCAAAAAACAAUCAAUAGCCACUUCAAAACGAAGCGUUUUAGAUCAAGUUAAAAUCCGACGUCGUUUUGGCUUGCCAGAAUGAGAAAGAAGGGGUUUUUCCUUAUAUUUUUGGGGGUUUAAAGAAAGAUUAAAAAAGAGAAUAAUUUGAAAUGGGUAAAGUGGGAUUUGGUUUGGCGGUGGGAAUAGCGGUGGUCACGUGCGCGGCGGCUGCGGUGGUGGUGGGAAAGAGGGUAAGAAGUAGAAGAAAAUGGAGAAAAGUAGUGAAUGUUUUGAAAGAAUUAGAAGAAAGCUGUGGGACCCAUGCUAAUAGAUUGAAACAAGUUGUUGAUGCUAUGGCGGUUGAGAUGCAUGCUGGUUUAGCUUCUGAAGGUGGUUCUAAGCUUAAAAUGUUGCUCACUUUUGUUGAUAAACUUCCUAUUGGGAGUGAGAAGGGAAUAUAUUAUGCACUAGAUCUUGGAGGUACUAAUUUUAGGGUCUUGCGGGUUCAGCUAGGAGGAAGCAGAGGUAGCAUUGUAAGACACGAUGUUGAGCGGAAGCCCAUUCCCGAGCAUUUAAUGACAAGCACCAGUGAGGAUUUGUUUGAUUUCAUAGCAACAUCACUAAAGGAGUUUUUCGACCAAGAGAAAGACAAUGAUUCAGAUCUCCCUCUCUACUCGAAAAGGGAACUUGGUUUUACAUUUUCCUUUCCCGUGAAGCAAAUAUCAGUUUCUUCUGGAGUAUUGAUGAAAUGGACAAAAGGCUUUUCUAUUCGUGACAUGAUAGGGAAGGAUGUUAGUGAAUCCUUGCGCCAAGCAUUCUCUAGACAGGGUUUAAAUAUGCACAUCGCUGCCUUGGUAAAUGAUACUGUGGGAACUUUGGCACUCGGACAUUAUAAUGACGGGGACACUGUUGCUGCAGUGAUUAUUGGAACCGGAACAAAUGCCUGCUAUUUUGAGCGGGCUGAUGCUAUCAUCAAGUCUCAAGGUUUUCCUACAUCGUCAGGAGGCAUGGUUGUCAAUAUGGAGUGGGGUAACUUUUGGUCAUCCCAUUUGCCAAGGACCUUAUAUGAUAUCGAGUUAGAUGCGGAGAGCCCUAAUCCCAACGACCAGGGUUUUGAGAAAAUGAUUUCCGGAAUGUAUCUCGGUGAGAUUGUAAGAAGAGUCAUACUACGGAUGUCCAAGGAGUCCGACGUAUUUGGACCUAUCUCUUCCAGACUAUCUGAAGCGUUCAUCUUGAGGACACCAUUAAUGUCCACAAUGCAUGAAGAUGAAUCUCCUGAUCUGGAAGAAGUAGCACAGAUUUUGGACGAGGUUCUUGGGAUACGUAACAUUCCAUUAAAAGUUCGGAAACUUGUAGUAAACAUCUGUGAUGUGGUAACUCGUCGAGCAGCUCGCUUGACAGCUGCCGGCAUUGUUGGGAUACUCAAGAAGAUUGGUCGAGAUGGGAGCAGUGGGGUUGCUAGUAGCAGAGCCAAAGGCCAAAGCAGCAGCAACAAGUUAAGAAGAACAGUGGUUGCAGUUGAAGGCGGUCUAUAUUCGAAUUACCGAAUGUUCAGGGAGUACUUAAAUGAUGCAGUGGCCGAGAUUUUAGGGGACGAAUUUGCCCCUUACGUUAUUCUGAAGGCUACAGAAGAUGGGUCGGGCAUCGGAGCUGCUCUGCUUGCAGCCACUUAUUCAUCACCUGAAACUGUUGAUACAUAAAAAAAGGUGAACAGGAUUCGUCUUCUCUUAAUACAUAUACUCCUAUAUUAUGUGUGCAUAUAUAUAGUAGCUACAUAAAAUAUAAGUAUAGGGCUUUGUACAAAGAAGAUGUAGAAUUCAUUCAGGUCGGUUCAUAUGUAUUCAAUUGAUAUGGUAGUUUCAGGCUUUGGGGGAUAUUGUGCAGCAGUUAGUAAGGGGUGUCGUUUUUCAUCCAUUUCUUAUCGGUAUAGCACAAAUGUAAUAUUUUCUUAAGAAUAGUGUAUUCAUUCAUGGUUUGUAUGGUGUACAUAUAGGACAGGUUCUUUCGA